UGCAGUGUAGCACGCUGGCGCUGUCCAGCAUUUAAGCUCCUGAAAGGGCACUGUGCGAGAAUCAAAAGUCUUGAAGGUCGCUGGUCGUGCUGUCCGAUGUUACCAUGACUUCGACGGAGACACGCGCCCUCCUACUUUUCCUGCUGAUUUUGGUCAGUAGAGAAUGUUCUGCUUCUAAAGGAGAGGACCGACUGUUCCGUAAGCUUUUCAGGAGAUAUAACCAGUUCAUUCGGCCGGUCGAAAAUGUGUCCGACCCCGUCACAGUGGAGUUUGAAGUCUCCAUGUCCCAGCUGGUGAAAGUGGAUGAAGUGAACCAGAUCAUGGAGACCAACCUGUGGCUAAGACACAUCUGGAAUGACUAUAAGCUUCGCUGGUUACCUGCUGAGUAUGAUGGCAUUGAGUUCAUUAGAGUCCCAUCCAACAAGAUUUGGAGACCUGAUAUCGUCCUUUACAACAAUGCUGUUGGGGACUUCCUGGUGGAAGACAAGACCAAAGCUCUGCUGAAGUAUGACGGCACGAUCACUUGGGUUCCCCCGGCCAUCUUUAAGUCCUCCUGCCCCAUGGACAUCACCUACUUCCCCUUCGACUACCAGAACUGCUCCAUGAAGUUCGGCUCCUGGACCUACGACAAGGCCAAGAUCGACCUGGUGCUCAUCGGCUCCAAGGUCAACCUCAAAGACUUCUGGGAGAGCGGCGAGUGGGAGAUCAUCGACGCGCCGGGCUACAAGCACGACAUCAAGUACAACUGCUGCGAGGAGAUCUACCCGGACAUCACCUACUCGUUCUACAUCCGCCGGCUGCCUCUCUUCUACACCAUCAACCUCAUCAUCCCCUGCCUGCUCAUCUCCUUCCUCACCGUGCUCGUCUUCUACCUGCCCUCCGACUGCGGAGAGAAGGUCACGCUCUGCAUCUCAGUCCUCCUCUCUCUCACCGUGUUCCUGCUGGUCAUCACGGAGACCAUCCCCUCCACCUCGCUGGUCAUCCCACUGAUCGGCGAGUACCUGCUCUUCACCAUGAUCUUCGUCACGCUCUCCAUCGUCAUCACCGUCUUCGUGCUCAACGUGCACUACCGCACGCCCACCACACACACCAUGCCGGCCUGGGUGCGCAGCGUCUUCCUGUGCGUGCUGCCCCGCGUCCUGCUCAUGAGGCGCCCCAUCGACCAGCAGGAGAGGAAGGGCGGAGAGAAGGAGAUCACCGAGGCGGAGAAAGGAGGAGCCGAGAAGGGGGGGAGGAAGAGGAAGAAGAGGAGCAGCGGUUGCCAGGACGGCGGGAUGAACUGCGUGGAGGGCGGCGGCGGCGGAGGUGGGAUGGAGGGGAAGGGAGGGAGCCGCUCGGCGCCGGCCGAGGCAGAGGCGGUGAAGGGGGGCCGUGCCCCGGCAGCGGUCAACGCGGUGGUGGCCUUCUCGGUCGUCUCCCCGGAGAUCAAGCAGGCCAUCGAGAGCGUCAAGUACAUCGCUGAGAAUAUGAGGAGCCGUAACAAGGCCAAAGAGGUGGAAGACGACUGGAAAUAUGUUGCCAUGGUGAUUGACCGGAUCUUUCUGUGGGUAUUUGUGACGGUUUGCAUCCUGGGGACCAUGGGGUUGUUCAUGCAACCUCUCAUCUCCUUCUUCUCAGUAUAGUAACCAUAGUAACCAUCUUCACACUCAACAGGGCCAUGUGUGUGUAGUAUUUAGAAUGCUAGUGAAGGUAUAAAAAGACGAUAUCUCCACAGAGGCACCGAUCUGAAAAAAUAAUAAUAUUUGAAUUUAAUGUGAAGUAUUUUUCAGGUAGUCACCCAUGCUUCCGAUGAAAUUAUGCUUGAUCUCUCUUUCUGAUGCACUGACUGGACCACUUGACUGACUGUAGAUGUCAGCCCCUGGGUUUGGCAUUGAAUAAGAAAAUCUGUGAAGUGUUCUCAUGUGAAGCCAUGCCAAAUGAAUACACAUCAUCUUAUGUCCUACAGAUGAGAGAGGCAUUGAAAAUACUUGCUGUUUAAGACUAGGGAGUUUGUGACUGGCCAGGCCGAAUUCAAUUUGUUUAGUUUGACCUUGAAAAGUUGAACUUGAAAAGGGUUCUGAUGUCAUAAUAUGUAGCACAAAGUGUAACAGCAGUUAGGAUGACAUGAACAUGCGAUGUGUAUAUACUGUACUCCUAAUGUAAAAUAAAAGAGUCUUUGCCAACACAA